UAACCUGCGUGGCCAGCGGUCACCCGACACGGCCGGCCCCUGGUUUGGUUUGGUUUGGUUUGGUUACUUCUUCAGAGUCCUUUCUUCCUCCCCACACCACACUUUGGUGCUCGCUAGCUUCCCCCAGUUUGCUUAUAUACUCCGCUCCCCUGGCCGUGGGCGGGGGUCGAGUUCCUGAUCGUUCGAGGCUGGUUGUUUGUUGGUGUUGCAUGAGAGGGAUCGAGUGGGCGGCGGCGGGGAUGAGCUGCAACGGGUGCCGCGUGCUGCGCAAGGGUUGCAACGAGGCGUGCGUGCUCCGGCCAUGCCUGCACUGGAUCGAGGCCGCCGAGUCCCAGGGCCACGCCACCGUCUUCGUCGCCAAGUUCUUCGGCCGCGCCGGCCUCCUCUCCUUCCUCACCGCCGUCCCCGAGCCCCAGCGCCCUGCGGUGUUCCAGUCGCUGCUGUACGAGGCGGCGGGGCGGACGAUUAACCCGGUGAGCGGCGCGGUGGGGCUGCUCUGGUCGGGGAGCUGGCAGCUCUGCGAGGCGGCAGUCCAGACCGUGCUCCGCGGCGGCGCCAUCGGCCCGCUCCCGGACCUGGCCGGCGGCGUCCCGGAGGGCGGCGUCGGCGGCAGCGACCUCUUCGUCUCCUCCGCCAGGCGCGCCACCGCCGUGGGCUGCUCCACGUUCUCGACAGCCAAGCGGGUGAACACGACGACGACUAGAAGGCCUGGGAUGCCUCUACAGGCCGCGCCGGCCCACCAGCAGCUGCAGGACCCGUCCUGCGAUCUCGGGCUGUGGCUCAGCGGGCCCGGGUCGCCGUCGGUGGCGGCGGCGGGGAAGCGGGCCGGCACGCCGUCGAUGAGCUCCGACGACGACUCCGUGACCACCAGCGGCGGCGCCGGCGGCGGGAGGGAGCCUGAGCUGCUGAAUCUCUUCGUCUAGGACUACUACAAAAUUAACUUGCGUGCGUGUGUUCAUUAGUUUAUCGUCAUCGAGAGCAAACACCAGCCUCUCGGCGGUGUGUGUGUGCUGGAACUUAACCCCGGCGAACUUUUUGCUAGCCUCUCGCCGUCGGUCGAUUCCUUUUCGGGCGUGCAGGAACCGCCGGCUUGUAGAGAGUGGGGGGGGGGGACGGGCGACGACACACGCCGAGAUUAAGGGAGCGCUUUUGUUCCUUCUCCGAGUUCUUAAUUAGCACUACAGCGAUCGUUAAAUAAAAGGACACUAGUAUAAAGCUAAGCUUCCUCGCUCUGA